UUUUUACCCAGAAGCAUUGCCUGAUUUGUCAGGCGCAGUGGCUUUCAAAAAACAACUUUUGAACAUCAAAAUUUGUAAUCACCAGCUCCCGGAUUCCAUUCUUCCGGCUCCCCCACCAAUGUCCAAAUUGAACUGAGUACGCCUUUCCCCAAGUAGCAGUGGCCGUCGCCGAAACUAGAUCCGGAUCCGGUCCCGUCCCAUAUCCAGACACAACCGAAAGCCAUUCCCAGCAGUCGAACAGACAGCCCAUAGACACCCCUCCCCCUCCUAAAGGAGGGCGUGUGCGUGUAGAUUCCUAUAUAUGCGGUUCAGUUGGCCAACCGCAAAAUUCUUGCAAAACCAAAUAAAGAAAACAACGAGAACUAACUUGGGCCAACGCAAAGCAAAGCAAAGCAGAGCAGAGCAAAGCUGAGCCAAGCGCCAACGGAAAUUGUUAACCUUUGGGGAUAUCAAACAUUUACGAUUGCGUGGCAGCGGCAGCGCAGCAACAUUUAAGUUUUUAUCAGCACAAAGUAAAGUUUUGGUUUACGGAUUGUGUUUCUGCCUGCCCGCCGCCCUUACCCAUUAUUUGGCCAGAGGCAGCCACAAGUGCCCAGGAGCAGGAGCAAGUCAGAAGUUGGAACAGGAGCUGGAGCAGUCGCUGGAUCAGGGGCUGAAGGCUCGUCCCUGUUGAUUCCGGGCCACGCAGAACUUUUAUCCUUUUCAAUUUCCUUUUUCUUGCCGAGUACUUUUGAGGGAUUUAAAUUUCUGUUUGCUGCUGGGCCAACAACCAACAACGAAACAACAGUGGGAGCGGCCACAUCGACUUGCUGGCGACCAGCCGUCAUGAAGGAAAAAAAGAAAAUCCGCACAGUUUCCCUGUCUGGCCCGGAUCAACCUGGAUCCUCGAGUGUGGUCAACACGGAUGAUGUCCGAUCGGAAAACGAUGAUCAGGCUGUGCCCUUCAUCUUGGUGGAUUGCACGGCCCUAGCAGAUCGCUCCGAUCUGGAUGCAGCUCUCAGUCAAGUGGAGCGAGAGAGGAUGGAGAGGGUGGAGGAGGAUAUCGACGGUCAGCAUGUACCUCAGCUGGAGGAUGUGGAGCCACCUCCAGAGCUGGAUAUGCCCAUCAAUCUGGGCUCCAGGGAACUAGCUAGGCUGAAAGCUGCAGAGGAUGAGCGCCGUUUCCAGGAGGAUCUGCGGAAUCUCAGCAUUUUUGAGAGGGAUGAGGAUGAGAAAGUCACCUCUAACACCACCAAAUCCAUAUCCGAACUGGCACUGAAUGAGGGCAAGCUUCUAUUGCAGACCACCUACAAUCUGGACCAGAUUCGCAUUAAACUUGAGCAGCUGAGGGACUUGCAGGAGCAGAUCUUGUCGGCGGAAACCAAUCCACCGCAGGUGGUGGCCCCAUCCCCAAUUCCGGAACGUCCAAGCAUUUGUCGGCAGGGUACCUUUGACAUCAAGCGCGAUAGAGAGAAAAAAGGCGACCAGCCAGUUUGUAAAGUGCACACAACUCGGUCACUAAGUCGAGCACUGCCAAAUACUCGUCGAGAAAAGGUAAAGUCCACUUUAAUGGCCAAAACGCCCAGCUGCGACACUCUGAGAAAAGGGGAGGGAGCUAAGAUUUCUUCAGGAACUCAGCAGAUCAUCAGCCAGAUUGGCGACCUCCUCAUGAAAUUGCAGAUUCAACGCGGCGGUUGUUCAAAUCUGGAUGAGGGAUCUUCGUAUUCUUACGUGGUGACCAUCAAACCGGCCGAAGGGGUAUCCAAUUGUUCCGUGCAUGCAAUUACAGAUCCCAAAUCCCGCCAAAUGAAGGCGACUGUGCAGCCUCGAAUAAGCCAUCAAGCCAUAAAUAUAUUUUCUCCUGCUAAUGGAACUCCUGAGUUACGCUUGAGCUCCAGUUACGUAUAUGAGAACCUCUUGCCUCCAAUGUCCCGUCCCGAAUCUCAAUCCACGCGGCUCAAGGCGCCAAUUCUGCGUAAACGGCCAUGUCCCUACCUAAAAGUACCUACCCCGGCUAGUUAUUGCCACGGUAUGAAAAGAGAUUAAUAUGGGACUUAUCAACAGGACUUCAGUUACCGGGUAUAUUUAUUUGAAAGGUAUUUAAAGUUAAAUAAAAAUAUAUAUUUUUUGACCUUUA